UCCAGCCACGCUAAUGGAGACCCUGACUCUCCUCUCUUUCCAGUGCUGCUUCUGCGGCGCGCACUAGGCCGCGAGAAUCUAUCGCUAGCACACCAAUGUAGGCCGUCGUCUGUGAUGGUAUGCGAUGGCAUUGUCUUGUUGUGUAUAAGCAUGUAUGCACGUCGUGUGGAGCAGAGAGUAUUGAGCUGGAUGUACAAAGGUGUUGAGCAAGUAGUGAGCGAAUCGAGGCAGUGGGAAAGGAUAAGGGAAGCGUCUAGUGGGGAGCAGAGGCGAGGGCGGCGUCGACACCAUUGCGAGCUAGCACACGUCCCUGUUCGACGAGUGCGUCCCAAUUGCAGUCAGGUACGCCACGCGGCAGCUCCACGGUGCCGAGCAAAAUGGCGUGGCCGAUCCAGGCACUGGCCAGCUUUGUCAGCUCAACCAUUCGCUUGGGCAUAGUCGUCACCGCCGAGCGCCUGCAGCACGUUCGGAUGAGGCAGAAGCUCGCCGACGAGCACAGAGGAGAGGCCGAGCAGCAUGGGUAUGUUGUCGCUCCACAGGUCCGAGCCGAGUUGCAGGACGAGUGCGGGGAGACCAAAGUGGUUUGGGCGCCGGUCCUUGUUGUGAGGCAGCUCGUCGUCGCACUCCUUGCUGCUGCCAUCCUCGCAGAAGCCUCCUCGUCGGACAGGAUUGAUUUCAGAGUGCCCAUCUCGCAGCUCGACGACAACUUUCGCACAGCACAGAAGCGAGAUUCUGUGCUCGUCGACCGCUUCCACGUUUCCGGCACCUCUGCGCUGCGAUCCAUCGACGAGAUCAUCAACAACGGAGAGAACGGACUUGCGCACUACAUUCGCACCAGAAGCCCGCUCUGGAAUACCGCGCUGCAGCCGCACCUUGGCCUCGUCGAGCGCAGGGCAUCAUGUGCAGAUCCGACACUUAUAACCCACGCACAGCAGCUACCGCGCCGACAGCCGCGUGACAUUCGAGAUGUACCGCGAUUUGCUCGCGACGCUCCCUUGAGCUUCGUUUAAUCGUUUGUAACCAUUGUUGUAGAUGCAUUCGUGACGACGCACACGGCUCAGGGAACCGACAUGCGUUCCCGGUAUCUGCUCUCACAUGCCGCUAGGUCAUCGGGGUGGUACAGUCCUGUACAAGCAUUAGCAGAA